CCAGACCCAGACAUGACUGACGGGCAGAGUUCCAGUCAGGCAUUACCAGUGGGGAGUACAUCCCCAGUGGCCGGUGCUGACACGCUGUCACAGUUUGCUACGCUUGUUGCUCAGAUGAUGAGCGAGACUCAGAGCAGAGUUUUUACCGUCCGAUCUGAUGAUCUUGACAGACAUCUGCAGUUGUUUCUGAGGUUGAAGCCUCCGAGAUUUGAGGGCGCUGUUGAGCCCAGAGCUGCUGAGGAGUGGUUGAGGAGGUUGGAAAGACUUUUGAUGGGAUGCAAGGCUGAGCACUGGUGGGAAUGCCAGCAAGCAGCCAGAUUUCAGGGCAGACUGAACUCUUUGAUCACUUGGGACGAGUUCACUGAGGUAUUUCGAGACUGGUUUGUUCCCCCUUCUGCACGACAGCAGAUGCAAGAGACUUUUCUGAGACUUGUUCAGGGUAGCAAGACGGUGAUGCAGUACGAGGCUGAGUUUACUGCCUUAGCCAGGUAUGCUCCGCAGUUGGUUAGUACUUCUGCUGAGAGGUGCUACAGAUUUUUGAGGGGUCUACGAGAUAGUUUGAGACAGCCCCUAGUACCUUUUCACAUUUCUGAUUUCUCUGAGCUUGUGGAGCGAGCUCGUCUGAUUGAGAAUGACUUGAUGGCUACUCAGCAGCGGUGGACUGCGAGUAGGAAGAGGUUUGGAGGCGAGGCAUCUGGUAGUGGUUCCUUUGGGAAGAGGAGAUUUGUAUCUGGACCUGGGUCUGGAUCUGACUUUAGGAAGAGUGGAGGGUCAUCUGGUACUGCUACCAGUACGACGAGUUCUGGUUCUGUUAGUACGGCACCUAUGUGCCAAAGCUGUGGACGACGACACUUGGGCCAGUGCUACAGGAUGGCUGGUCUGUGCUUCCGAUGUGGUCAGCCAGGACAUCGGAUUGCAGAAUGUCCACAGAUGGGUUCUGAUCGACGUUCUGAGUUCCGAUCUGAGAGCUCUGUUAGACCUACUGGUUCAGCAGGGAGACCGAGGACUGUUCCUCCGCGUUCUGAGGGGUUUGCUGGUAGAGGUGGUGGUUCUAGUUCUGCACCACGGAGACCACCUACUGUUAGUCAGAGAGAGCCGAGUAGUUCUGUUGCUUCAGCUCCAACUCCAGUGCAGCCCCGAGUUUACAAUUUGAGUCAGCAGGAGGCUCGAGAUGCUCCCGAUGUUGUGACAGGUACGAUUCACAUUUCUGAUCAGCCCUGUCGUGUUUUGUUUGAUUCUGGAGCCAGUCAUUCUUUUCUGUCUGAGCGAUGUUUUGAGAUUUUGCAUUUGGACUCAUUUUUUCUUCCGAUUUCUUUGUCUGUGAGCUUACCGGCUAGGAAUCCUUUAAUUACUCGGAAGUUUUGCUUAUGUGAGAUUGACAUUUCUGGCAAGAAAUGGAAAUUGAGUUUGAUUCUGUUGCCGAUUUCAUCGUACGAUGUGAUUCUGGGCAUGGAUUGGCUGAGUCU